AUGCACAUCGCCAUGGGGACCAGUGCCGACCCUGUGGGCGUGCUGACGCGGCUCGAGAAGCCGAUUUUCGAGGGCGGGGUGGGGGAGUGCCUGCGGAUCCGGGAGGACGAUUCCCGGGUGGGCCGCCCGGCGUUGGGGGCCAGCGGCGAUGAUUGCGUCGCGCGGACGCCGGGAUGCUCGCUCGAGAACGGGGGAAUGGCAUCGGGCGGCGGGGAGGCAUGCGAGGAAGGGAAUAAAGGGGGACCCGGCGCGGAGGAGGGCGCGGAGGAGGGCGGGGAGGAGGGGGCGGGAUUGGCGCCGGUGGUCUUUUGCGCGCCGGCCGACGUGUCGCUGAUCGCCAAGGACUCGAACAAGCUGACGAUCCAAUGGGGGAAGAGCCGGCGCUUGGAGGGGCCUGAUCCGGCUGGCCUGGCCGUGCGGUACACGGUGGAGACGCAGCAGGUGGACGUGCCAUCGGGCCGGGAGACGCCCAACGGGGAAGAGGCGGCGGCCCUCGUCAACUCCGACCUGUGGCGUGCGGCCGCGCAGACCGCGGACUCCUGGGCGCAGAUUCGGGGCCUGCGGCCGGGACGGUACUACGCGAUUCGCGUCGCGGCGGCGCCGCGCUGCGACGAGCCAUGCCUGCGGCUGUGGGUGCCGGCGGCAUCAGCGGUCGCGGUGUUCCACACGACGCCCAGCGCGCCGGGCGCGCCGCAGCCGCCCCAGCUGACAAGCCGGGAGCGGACCAGCCUGAAGUUCAAGUGGAAUGUGCCUGAGAGCGGGGGCCUGAACAUCAUCGACUUCCGCCUGCAACUCCGGCCGCCGCCUGCGACUGCGAAGGACGACGUGGACGAAGAGGGCUUCGCAGAGAUAUUUUGUGGCUUGCAGCGGAGUUUCAGAGCAACAAAGCUGCUUCCGGGCGUCAAAUACACUGCCCGAGUGAAGGCCAGAAACGAACUAGGGGAGGGCCCCUGGAGUUUGCACAGUGUCUUCACAACAGAGGCAUCAGUGCCAGCAAUGCCCGAGCCUCCCCGACAGGUCCAUGUCUCCUCGGCAUCUGUCUCACUACAGUGGGAUGCUCCUAAAGACAAUGGGGCUAGGAUAGACUUGUACACAUUGGAAGCAUGGAACGAGGAGGAUGACUGCUUUCGACCAGUUUACUGCGGACAGUCUCCGCAGUGUGCGAUUUCUGAUUUGGAGAGCGGUGCCACCUACAGAUUUAAGGUUCGCGCAGAGAAUCAGGCUGGCAAGAGCAAGUGGAGUGGUACAACAAUAGUUCACAUUGCGCCCAGUGCUCCUGGCCCUCCACGUAUGCUAUCUUGCCAGAGUUCAACCAAGACAUCAGCUUCAUUCUCCUGGGCACCUCCAAGGUACACUGGAGGAAGUGAAAUCAGCUGCUACGAGGGUGAGGUAAUGCCCUUGUCCAGGCCUGCGGGAAAGUCCACAUGGACGACUGUCUACAGCGGCCAGGCUCACUCCUGCUCUGUGGGCAGUUUGACACCAGGGUGCACUUAUCAGAUCAGGGUCCGGGCGAGCAAUGCGGCAGGUUGGGGCCCAAAAUCACAGUGCACCAAGUUCACCAGCGAGCCCGGGGUCCCAGACAAGGUGCCUGUGCCCACCGUUGUCUCACUUGGCUCAACAAGCCUCAAAGUGUCCUGGAAAGCCCCUGCCCACGAUGGUGGCUCGAACAUAACGGGGUACCAGCUGCAGUGUUGCGAGGCUCGCAAGGUUGCCAGUGACAGUGCCUCUGUCUUCAAGGGGGUUUACUAUGGCAGCCUGUGCAGUUGGGAGGCAGGUGGCCUGCUUCCUGGGAAGGAGUAUGCAUUCCGGGUUCAGGCGGUUAACGCCUGUGGUGCCAGCAGUUGGAGUACAGUGACGAAGGGAACUACAAAGGCUGGCGUGCCCGACAUUCCGACACCACCCACUGUGCGCGAGUCCAGCAGUGAUAGCCUGACUCUCUGUUGGAUCCCUCCAGAUGGCAGGGGAUCGACUGUCAGCAGCUACACGGUGCAGCUGGCACAGGAGGGUGGCCGUUGCAAUGGCUUUGUGUCCCAUGAGGAGCACAGGAAAGCAUGUGCUGGCAGUACCGAAGGCAUGGGCUCUGGCAACGAGGCAGAGCCACUCUUGGACCAUGGGGCAGGAGUCUCCGCUGGGGGUAUGUGUAGCAGUUGCGAUGGAGGGGCCUUGGACUUCAGCGAUGUGUAUACUGGAAGUCAAGUGCAAUGUAGGGUGCCAGGGCUGCAUGCCGGCACAACGUACAGGGUACGGCUGAGGGCAUCCAACAAGGCGGGUAGCAGCCAAUGGAGCAAGGCAGUUGCGUUCAAGACACAGGCAGCUGCCCCUUCUUCUCCAAGGAACCUUCAGGCCACAGAGGUCUCCACAAACAGCGUGCACCUCUGCUGGGAGCAUCCCUUGUGUGACAACGGCUCCAAGGUCUGCAUGUAUGCACUUGAGCGGUUAUCACAAAGGAGCAAGAAGGUCGCCUGGGUGCAGGAAUACCAGGGGCAAGCCACCAGCACAAGCUACACUGUGGCCCCCCUGCGGAAUGGUUGUGAGUACCAGUUUCGUGUGCGUGCUGUGAAUGGCUGUGGAGCUGGACCUCCCAGUGAGACCUUAAUGGUGGAAACUGCCGCAGCGCCUCCUGGUGCACCUGAGGGCCCCACCUUUGCACAGAGGACCCCAACAUCUGUGCGUGUGAAAUGGGCACCUCCAGACAGGGAGAAUGGUGCCCCAGUGACGCAGUACAGACUGGAGGCAGCGGAGGCAGGGGGCGCCUUCAGGGAAGUUUACUCAGGCUACUCCACAUACCACAAAGUGACUGGCCUGGCGGCCGGCCAGCAGUACCUAUUGAGGGUCAGGGCCGUGAACGCAGCUGGUGCGGGACCUUGGAGCGAGGCGAUGCCAGUCGUCAUGGCCCUCGCGCCUCCCACGCCACCCACUAACCUGUCGGUUACCUCCAGCAUGGACAAUGACGGGGCAAUCCAUGGUGAAGGGACGGCCCUGGACAUCGCCUGGGAGCAUGACGAUCGCGCCAGCACUCCGGCCGCGACCUUCGAGGUGGAGGUGUGCCCCAGCAAGGGCAGGGGCGGCCAGCUGAGGACCUCCGCGGUGAGGCGGGUGGUGGCUGAACGCUCCUGCAGGGUGGGGAGCCUCCCUUCGGAGACGUCCUUCGUAGUGCGGGUGCGGGCCGUGGGCGCCAAGCCCUCGGCGCACAGCAAGUGGGCGGAGGCGUAUUCGCUCACCACCCCGGGCUUGAAACGGCUUCGGGCGCCCAGCCCCUCGGAGAGCGGAUCUUCUGGCACGACGACGGUCACGUCCAGCUCCAGAAGCUCCAAGAGCACCGUCUCUGACCUGUCCGACGACUCCAUGGCGUCGUGCGCUCGCAGCAGCGCCAGGAGCUCGCCUGUGAAGAAGGGGCAGUUGCGACUGCGCCCGCGGCCUCGAAAGUCGGUCUGGAAGGCAGUGAAGACGUCUGUGGUGACCAUGGUCAUGGUGGCGGUGGCUGUGGCGGCCCUGUUCGUGGUGUUGCUGAACGGUGGCUUAGGUUAG